CAAGCACCGCUAGGCAUGCGGGCCCAGGGAGAUAUUUGUUCCCCUCAUGCGUCACGGGUGCGUUGCCUGCGUCCUGUUGGGGAGGGUUUGGGCUCAGGCCCGGAAUCCUUCCCUUUCCGCAAGCGGCCAGCCCGGGCCGUGGGUUCGAGACCUGGGAGGCCGCUUGUCCCUUCUUCACGCAGCUGCAGCAGCACCAGAGACCGGGGCGCAAAUGAGGCACCACAAAGGGGAGAAGAAAGAGCACCCAGACAUCACACCCUGUUCACAGAGACCCCGCACGACAUGACGGCCCACGCCGGGGAGGACGUGGAGAUGGCCUGCUCCUUCCGGGGCAGCGGCUCCCCCUCCUACUCGCUGGAGAUCCAGUGGUGGUACGUGCGCAACCACAAGGACUGGACGGACAAACAGACGUGGGCUUCCAGCCAGCUAAAAGCAUCGCAGCAGGAAGAAGCUGGGAAGGACGCGACAAAAAUAAGUGUGGUGAAGGUGGUCGGCAGCAACAUCUCGCACAAGCUGCGCCUGUCGCGGGUGAAGCCCACGGACGAGGGCACCUACGAGUGCCGGGUGAUCGACUUCAGCGACGGCAAGGCCCGGCACCACAAGGUCAAGGCCUUCCUGCGGGUGUCGCCGGAGGAGAGCGCCGCGCCGCGCCGCCACGGCUCCUCCUCGGCCCACCUGCAGGACACGCAGCUGCUGGGCGCCCCGCCGGCCGAGCCCGCGGCCCACCUGCACCACCAGCACAAGGCCGGCAAGGAGCUCAAGAAGCGCUCGGCGGACGCCUCGUGCCUGCUGUAGACUGACCGCGGCGGCGUGGGGCGGCCGCCUCCCCACCCCAGGCCGCACCGGGGGGCAGGCGGGGCCACGCCGGGUGCUCACGUCCCCCCACUCGACCCACACACGCAUGACCCCCCCCUUGGCCACGCACACGUGUUUUUUUAAUUUCCUCCUAACCCCUGGCGCGUGGGCGAGCUGACUCCAGGACUCACGGCGGCUCCGGGGCGGGGGGACCCAGGGCCGCCUGCCCACACAGCGUGGCCACGUAUCGUGCCCCCCAGACUGCCCCUGCCCUGGCCCUCCCCCUGCAUCGCUCGCCGCCUCUGCUUCCAGCACCCCGGGCCUCUCCGGGGCGAGGAGGCCCGGCAGCCGGUCCCUCUUGCUGCGCCCGGCGAGACCCGGGGGUUUCCAGUCCGGUCCCAUCAUGCCACGUCCACCCCGGUCUCUUGUAAAUAGCUUCCCUCUCCCUGCCCCAACUGCCCCCAUGCACCUCGUGCCCCCCUCGCCCUGGGGUCGGGCCCUCCCGGGCGCCGGGGCAGGAGGGCCCGUGCCUCCAAGGGGGGCAGUGGUCCAGGACCCCCGUUUGCCGGGGAGAAGGGGCAGGAGAUGCCAGCCCCCUUGGAGACGGGGCCGUGCCCGCGGCAGGGGCUGGC